AAAAAGAAAAAUUACCUUUGGCUCUGAGAAAGCAAAGCGAGAGAGAGAUGUGUACCUUAAAAUCCUCUCCAAAGCACUUGCUGCUUCUAUCUCUCUUCACCUUCCUGUUCUUUGCAACUGAAGCGGCUCCUACAUACAGCGAUUCAAUCUGCACAGAAGGACCCUAUUACCGACCCAACACAACAUUCCAAACCAACUUGAACCUCCUCCUCGCAUCCCUUGUCUCCAACGCCACCCUCCACCAUGGUUUCUUCCUCACCAACAUCUCCCUCGGAACCCCCAAUGAGGUCAAAGGAAUCUUCCUCUGUCGUGGUGACGUCACCCCUUCUGUUUGUCAAGACUGUGUCACAGCUGCAGCAGAAAACAUCACGCACCUCUGCCCCAACCAAACAGAGUCCAUUAUCUGGUACGACCAGUGCAUGCUUCGUUACACCAACAAUUCCUUCUUCAACAACAUAGUUCCUAGCGUUAACUUGGUCGCCCAACAGAGCAUCCCUGACUCUGACCGUACCCGCUUCACCGAUUUUCUCGCUGCCACGUUGAAAGAUCUAGCACAGAAGACUGUGAAUUCUGCUUCGGGCAACAAGUUUGCUACCAAAGAAGCAGAUUUCACGAGCUCAAUGAAACUUUACACCCUGGCGCAGUGCGCACCCGAUUUGUCCACCUUUGACUGUAACAUGUGCCUAACAAGUGCCAUCAGUGAUAUUCCAUCAUGCUGUGAUGGGAAACAAGGUGCACGGUCCCUGCUUCCUGGUUGUAAUCUCAGAUAUGACUUGUACCCAUUUUACAAUGUUUCCCCUGCACCACACCUUCCCUCUUCAUCUUCAGGAAAAAGCAGUAUAUCAAUAGUUGUGGCGAUUGUUGUCCCAGUUAUUGUUGCCGUGGUACUUCUCAUUGUUGGCAUCUGCUUCCUACGUAAGAGGGCUAUCAAGAAGUACAAUACGUUCAUCCAGGAUUCAAUUGGGGAGGAUCUUACUGAUUUGGAGUCCUUGCAAUUUGACUUGGCUACAAUUGAAGCUGCCACAAACAGAUUCUCAGAUGAGAACAAGAUUGGCCAAGGUGGGUUUGGUGUGGUUUAUAAGGGUAUCCUCCCUAAUGGACAGGAGAUAGCUGUGAAGAGGCUAUCAGUAACUUCCUUGCAGGGUGCAGUUGAGUUCAGGAAUGAAGCCGCCCUUGUGGCCAAGCUUCAACAUAGAAAUUUAGUGAGGCUAUUUGGAUUUUGCCUGGAGGGGCAGGAGAAGUUGCUAGUCUAUGAAUACAUCCCAAACAAAAGCCUUGAUCACUUUCUAUUUGAUAACGAAAAGCAAAGAGAGUUAGAUUGGUCAAGACGUUACAAGAUUAUAGUAGGCAUUGCUCGAGGAAUUCUUUAUUUACAUGAAGAUUCUCAGCUUAGAAUUAUACACCGUGAUCUCAAAGCUAGCAAUGUUCUAUUAGAUGAAAAUAUGAACCCAAAGAUUUCAGAUUUUGGCAUGGCAAAAAUUUUCCGGGCUGAUCAGACUCACGUUAAUACACAAAGGAUAGUUGGGACUUUUGGUUAUAUGUCUCCAGAAUAUGCAAUGCACGGACAGUUUUCUGUGAAAUCAGAUGUGUUCAGCUUCGGUGUCUUAGUUUUGGAGAUUGUUAGUGGCAAGAAGAACACUGAAUUUUAUCAAACGAAUCAUGCUGAUGACCUCUUAAGCUAUGCUUGGAAGAAUUGGCUGGAGCAAACACCUUUGGAGUUACUGGAUCCAACACUGAGAAAUUCUUAUUCAAGAAAUGAAGUCAUAAGAUGCAUCCAUAUUGGUUUAUUGUGUGUUCAGGAAAAUCCAUCUGAUAGGCCUUCGCUGGCCACUAUUGCACUUACGCUAAACAGUUAUACAGUUUCCUUGUCGAUGCCACGACAACCAGCAUCUUUCCUGCACGGAAGAACUACAAACAGACUAAAGCAAGGGGUUGACUCUGAUCAGUCUACCACCUGUUCAUUUCCAUGGUCCAUGACUGAAGUAUACCCUCGAUAAAGGAUUGAUUUUCAUGUGUGUUGAAUCAAUCCAAUGUGUAUUUAAAUCUUGUCAAAAUAUGGUGUUACUAUUACACACUUGCCUGGCGGAUAUGCAUUGUAAAUAUGUAGUGUAGAUAAAGAUGUCCGAGAGCGAACAGAACAAUAAUUUACAAUCUUGAACAAUUUUGUUUUUGAAACAUAGGAUUGAUUUCCUGAGGGAUUCUUUUUUCUUGCUUCCAUUUAUGUUGGCAAGUACUGUACUGCUAAAUGCAAGUACCUAGUUCUCCAACAUAGAUCGAUUUAAAUUAUGAUAAUAAUGUCAGAUGUGUCUGGAUUAAGAAUUUAUGCAGCCUAGAGUCCCAUUUUAUUAACUAAGGCUAGGGCAUGCCAGAAGUUUCAAGAGUGAGGACUUGUGUGCAUUUUUGUGGUACUAGUUGCCUCAACCAUUUCUUUAUUUCCCUCGCUUCUCUAUGCUGUGCUAACAGAGAACCUUUUAAACCUUUUUGGUGCCAAUAACUUUCC